UGAGGCAUAUAGUAUCAAACCCGGCAGUCUCCAGUCAGGGUCAAAAAAAAGUUAACAAUGCAAAUAUUUUCUCUAUGGUAAAUUCUCCAUUACGUAAAAGUUAAGGCGUUUCAAAGACGGCUAUCUCUCAUACAAGACGCAAUUAAAAAUGAAUGUCGGUAACAAAACCGGCAACCUCCGCAUUCGUUUCUUUCAAACAUGGCAGUCUCCGUUCCAACCAAUCAGAGCUCGGCAUUUAGUAUGGCGUCUGCUGUCACAGCGCAAAGAUCUGCACGUGGAUUAUUGUAAUUUUUAUUGGGAUUUCUUAUUAUAAAGUGAUAUUAGUUGUGUAAAAUAGACAAAUGGAUAAUCUAGUACGACCCUGUUCACCUAGACAAUCGAGAAAAAGGAAAAGUGAUCCAGAAAAUUGGAAAAGAAAUGUGGCCAAGAGAGAGAGGUAUUCAUCGAAGCAACUUCCUGAGCGGCCAAGAUGCGGACAUGACACAAAAGCAUUUAAAUGUGGAACUGUUUCUAUAGCUGAUGUAAAAUAUUUCCAUGAUGCCUUUUUUAAAUACAAAGAAAAAUCGAAGCAAGAUGCAUUCCUUUUAAAAUAUUGUAAGCCAAAACAAAUUAAGAGACGACGUGGAACAAAGGGUCCUCAAAGACAGAAACUCUUACAAACAAAAUAUACAAUGUACUGUUCAAGUCAAAGAUGUACCAUUCCAAUAUGUCAACAGGCAUUUUUGAGAAUUUUGCAUGUAACAAAACACAGGGUUCAAACAAUCAUGGCACAUUUUUUUAAGACUGGUACUUUAUUACCUGAAAAUCGAGGUGGCAAUCACAAACAGCACAAAUUUGGAGAAAAACUAAUUGCAGUCAAAACUUUCAUUAAUUCCUUUAACUGUGAAGAAGCCCAUUAUUGUCGAGGGAAAUCUAAACGAUUUUAUUUGCCAGCAGAACUUAGCAUUAACAAAAUGUUUAAAAUGUACAAUGCCCAAGCAAAUGAAAACGUAAAAGUGAAAAGAGGAUAUUUUAGAACCGUUUUCAACAAUUUCUAUAAUUUGGGAUUCGGAUCACCGAGAACCGACGUGUGUUCAACGUGUCUUCAGUAUGAUGAAUUGAUUAAAACGCACCAAAAAAACGACGACCUACAAAAAAAAACCGAUUGCCUAAUACAGAAGAGAGUGCACAAAUUGCGAGCGAAAGCUUUUUUUCAGUUAGUUCAAGAAGAGCAAGAUGGCAUGAUAACACUUUCUUUUGAUUGCCAAAAAAAUAGUCCUAUUCCAAAACUACCAGACCAAAGUACGUAUUAUUCCAGACAAUUGUAUUUGUAUAAUUUUACAAUAGUGCAGGGAAGUUCAAAAGCUGCACUGUCUCCAAAGAAUACAUUUGCCUACUGUUGGACCGAGGAUAAGUUCGCAAAAAGCUCUAAUGAAAUAGCGUCAGCUGUUUAUCAUCGGCUUUGUUCGACAGAUUGGACAGAUAUUACUAAAGUUCGUUUGAUUGCGGACGGCUGCGGGGGCCAAAAUAAAAAUACCACCAUGGUGGGUAUGCUUGCUAAAUGGCUAACAUCUAAAGCCCCAAGUCAUGUGAAAAACGUAGAAAUUGUAUUUCCGGUUGUAGGACAUUCCUUCAUUCCUCCAGAUAGAGUCUUCGGGCAUAUAGAACGAGAUAUCCGCAAAAGGGAAAUAAUAAAAAACGCUGAUGGUUAUUUGGAUAUUAUUAAAAAUUACAGUACCAUUAUUGAAUUAGGAAAAGGUGAUUGCAAGGUUUAUGAUUGGAGAGAUAGUUUAAAAACUGUCCUGAAAGAUGUCGGUUCAUGGCAUUUUGCUUUUCAAAAGAGCAAGCGAUUCUACAUUAGGAGAACAAAAAGCAAAGUUGACGUUGUAGUUAAAGGGGAUCUUUACUAUAGAGUAAGUGAUGGAAAAUUUGGAGGCAUAACAAAAAAGAACAAAAAUAUGAACAUGCUUAAUCCGCCAGAAAUUCAUUCAUCAGGGAAAGUUAACAGUAAUAAAUUGACAGAUGUCAAAAAACUAUUGCAAACGCACUACGGAGACAGCUGGAUGGAUGAUGAAGAGCUUGUGUAUUUCAGAAAUUUGAUUCUGCCUGUAAAUAAUAUGAACGAGGAUGCUAUCCCCUUAAAUGACAACGAAAAUGAUACACUUUGCGAAUUCCAAGAUGAUUCCCCAGACUUAAAAAUAUGAAUCUGUAUUUUUAAUAAAUAAAAAGAAUAUUUGAUUACUAUAUUAGGGUUUUAUUUCUGAAAUCAACAUUUGCAUGGUAUUAAAUUUUUUUUAAACUUUUAUUAGAUUUCGAAGUUCUAUCCUAACACUCAAAAUAUGUAAGUAUCAAAUCUGGCUAGUCAUGCAAUCACGUAUCAAGAUGGCGGCGUUCAAAUCAAAUACGGCAAUAUCCAACACUGUCCAUAUCAAAGUUGGCAGUCUCCACAAGUGUAUUUCAAAUCCGGCAGUCUCCAUUUUAAUAAUAAAGAAUUUACUACUUAAAUAUUACAAAAUAGUUAUAUUUCAUUACUGAAAUUAAUUCAACAAUUCUGUGAAGAUAGAAUUUGUCAAUAUACGCUGAUAUCUAAAAUUAAUAAACCUAAGAAAUGUUUUUUGUUGAUAACUCGAACUUGUGACAAGUGGAGAUUGCCGACUUUGAUAUUAUAUGCCUCACUUGUA